AUGGCGCAAGUCCCAGCACAUGUCAAAUGCGUCCGUGGUUCGAGUUGCAGGAUAUCUUCUCACAAAGACGAAUUGGUAAAGGUGCAGAAGCUGUACUUUGCCCAUCGUUACAAGGCAUGCGCCUCUCUUUGCCAACAGCUUCAGAGACCUGAGGCAGAACGAUCUCUCCGCGAUACAGAUAUCUCAGCUGAUGGCGCACAGAUCCAUCCCCUUCAUAGGGCUUUUCUUUACUUCUACCAGGCAAUAUCGUUCGAAGCAAUGGGUCAGAUCGCACACGACUUCUCCCGUAGUAAGCCUCAGCUUCUCGACUCGGCGCAGGAAUCCUUCAAGGCCGCUCUCGAUUGCCUGCCACUUCCCUAUGCCUCGACUGAAUACGCUUCAUUCAACCACCUCGAAACAACACCCUCUGUUGUAUUCGACUCUCCCUUUUCGAGCAACUCACUAAGUCCCUACGUUUCGCCAAAUCAAAGAGAUGUUGAGAACUCUCCACCACAGUCAAAAUCCAUCUGCGGCCUCACAUACAGCAUUCCACCUCUCUUACCAUCUGCGUCCACGCACUGCCUGUCUACCUCGCUACAACUCGAUCCUCAUUUUCAGGAAGAGAAUAAGAAGCAAAUUGACUCUGCACAGGACUACAUCGCCCCACCAAAAUCACCCACUGGGCAUAAAGGUCGGCUUUGCCAAAGUCUUAGCCUUACUCACUCACUUCAAGACGACCUUGUGCCUUCGCCACUUUUCAACCGAACCCAAAAACGCGCCCAAAUCUAUUCAUCCUGGCCCGACUUGAGCCAUCGCCCAUUGCCUCCUCUUCCAUUUGGCCACAAGACUUCAUUCGCCGUAGAAGGUUCCCGCGUCGUCCAGGUUCCUCGGAUGGGUAUGCGCAAGACUGCCGUUCAGAGUCUCAUUGCCAAAUACGAAGAAACUGCACCUGUUACUCUAACUCCUUCUCUACGUCGGAGCUCUCAGUCCAGCACCAGCAUACAUUCCCUGGUAACGCCACGCUUCAAGAGAAUACGGGAUGCAUUCAGCCCAGACCCACGCAAUGACAGUCUUGAAGCAUAUCUCUCGUCCACCGAUCUGACCCGUUACAACAUUUGCAUGGCUGAAUUUCGCACGCAGGUGCGCAAACACGUUGCCUUUUUGGAGGUCGAGAUCACUCGUGUGCGAAAUCAGCAAGCGCAACGCAUGGCGAGAAAAGCACAGAACAAGAACAGGCAUAUAAGUUUUUGGACCUUUCAACCGGCGAACAGACUAGUCCUGCCUCCGACGCCAUCGGAUACCAAGAACAAUACGACUUCGGACGACCCUGUUACUACCGCGAAGAAAGAGCGUAUUGAGAGAUUGAGAAAAGAGGGCUGGGACGUUCGCAAAGAGAAGUACGGUUUCAAGAGCGUGGAGUGGUAUGAGGCAUUCAGAUGCCGUGUCGAGAAAGAAAUGGCAGCAUACGAGAUGGUUCGAGGAUGA